GCCUAGCAGCCGCUUCCCCGCCAAUCAGCGUCGGGGGGCGGGCGAGGCGUAGCGGAAGUUGGCGGCGCAGGGAGCCAAUGGGAGGGCGGCGUGGGCGGGGCCGCGGCGACAGCGGCGGCAAGGGAGUGAAAUUUCUCGAAGGUGCCGCGGCCGCGCCGGGAGAGCGGGGCCGGGAGCGGCGCCCCCAGCGCUGCCGACAUGAAUCAUAAGAGUAAGAAGCGGAUCCGUGAGGCGAAGCGCAGCGCCCGGCCCGAGCUGAAGGACUCGCUGGACUGGACCCGCCACAAUUACUGCGAGACCUUCCCCCUCAGCCCCGCAGCCUGCAAGGAUAAUGUGGAGAGGGCGGAUGCGCUCCAGCUGACAGUGGAGGAGUUUGUUGAGCGGUAUGAGAAGCCUUACAAGCCUGUAGUCCUGCUGAAUGCUCAGGUGGGCUGGUCUGCCCAGGAGAAGUGGACUCUGGAGCGGCUGAAACGCAAAUACAGGAACCAGAAGUUCAAAUGCGGGGAGGACAAUGACGGUUACUCGGUGAAGAUGAAGAUGAAAUACUACAUCGAGUAUAUGGAAACCACGCGUGAUGACAGCCCACUCUACAUCUUUGACAGCAGUUAUGGAGAGCAUCCCAAGCGCAGGAAACUCCUGGAGGACUACAAAGUACCCAAAUUCUUCACCGAUGAUCUCUUUCAGUACGCAGGGGAGAAACGGAGGCCACCUUACAGGUGGUUUGUGAUGGGCCCACCUCGUUCUGGAACAGGAAUUCACAUUGAUCCCUUGGGAACUAGUGCAUGGAAUGCCUUAGUCCAGGGACACAAACGUUGGUGCCUGUUCCCUACCAGCACCCCCAGAGAGCUGAUCAAAGUGACGCGAGAAGAGGGGGGGAACCAGCAGGACGAGGCUAUCACUUGGUUCAAUGUCAUCUACCCCAGGACACAGCUCCCCACCUGGCCCCCUGAAUUCAAACCCCUGGAGAUCCUGCAGAAGCCAGGAGAGACAGUCUUUGUGCCAGGUGGCUGGUGGCAUGUAGUUCUCAAUCUUGACACAACCAUUGCCAUCACACAAAACUUUGCCAGCUGUACCAACUUCCCUGUGGUGUGGCACAAGACGGUGAGAGGCAGACCCAAACUGUCACGGAAAUGGUACAGGAUCCUAAAGCAGGAGCAUCCUGACUUGGCAGCCUUGGCUGAUUCAGUUGACCUGCAGGAAUCUACUGGCAUUGCUUCUGAUAGUUCUAGUGAUUCUUCCAGUUCUUCAAGCUCCAGCUCCUCAGACUCUGAUUCAGAGUGUGACUCUGGCUCUGAGACAGAGGGGAUGAUGCACCGGAGGAAGAAGAGGAGGACCUGCAGCAUGAUGGGGAACGGUGACACAACUUCCCAGGAUGACUGCGUGAGCAAAGAGCGCAGCUCCUCCAGGAUUAGGGAAUCUUGUGGAGGCCGCAGCUACCCCUGAGAGAUGCCACCACCCGCCUAGAGGCAGCUGCCCAUCGACGCUCCGUUAGCAGCCAGCCAGCUCUGUUCUACCCCCUUCUGCUCCUCUUUCUCACAGUCCUUAAGUUCUUGUCGCUCUUCCUCGAUCCAGACAUUGUCUUCAUUAUGUGCUGUCAAAGGUUGGCUCCUUAAUAACUUCUAUGGGGAAUGCCCUGACUCUACGUUCUUGUGCAAUGCUUUGUCCCCUCUGCGCCCCAAGUGAGUGCACUAAAAACCCACCUUCGGGUAAGGACAUGCCAAGUAUUUAAUGGUUCACGUAACUGGCAAGGAAGACAACGGUCAGUUUUUAAAGAACUCUUUUUAAAACCAGCGGGUAAGUGGAAAAACCUGCCUUGUUUUGACACUGUCGUAUGUUUACAUGUUGUCCUGGACACUUGAGGAAAGGAACACCAGCCCUUUUGGCCUGUCUGAACGUCUGGCGGAUCUCACACCACAAUGUCAGGAAGGGGAGGUGGAAUGAAUGCUCCAAACCCUGAAGUGACUUCAGUGGAGGUGACCACCAACCUGAAGCAUCUUUCAUGGUCUUAAUCUACAUCUAAGGUGCAACACCUUAACCAGCAACGGUCCAUUUACUUUUGCUCUGUGUCUGUUCUGAUGACUGGUGACAGAGAUGCACUAGCACCUUGUGGUAGGAAGCUCAAUGGAACAGGAGAAUCCUGGAGUUUCUUGCACAGCAGAAACUGGAGGGAAGAGUCAGCAUUUGCCAGUAAUCACAAUCCUUGAGGUGCAGGUGUGAUGUUUAGCAUUAGGCAACAACUGAGAAAGUCCGACUGUGUGGUAACAGUUGCUGGGCUUUAAAUACCAAGCAGUGAGAGGGCUGUGGGCUUACCCAGACCUGUGCAGUUCACAUGCCUAAAUGGCUGUUCUUUGAGGUUAUGGCUUCAGACGUUUCCAGAACUUGUGGUGCCAAUUUGAAAGGACUGGGAGGGGGACAUGUUGUUGUUUUAUGCUUUUUAAAAAUGCAGUGUGUUGCUUAAGUCUGUGUAGGUGCAUUUGUAUUAUUCCAGGUAAAGCUCUCAUCCCCAAGGGAUCCGUUGGGAGCUGCUGGGUGUUUUUAGCAGGGGCUUGUGCUGGUAGUGUCA